AUGUCCACUCUGGCAGCGGACAACAUGUCCUUCGACUUCGUCUUCCCUUCAUGUGAACCCUCCACCCCGCCGAGCUUCUCCUUCGACUCCUCUCUCAUCGACAUUUCCUACCACCAGCCCCAGACAUCAUCAACAACAACAAGUCUGGGUCACGCCCGCUCCCGCUCCAACGGCUCCGUCUACUCUUUCGUCUCCACCGCCGAGUCUACCCCGGACUCUGUGAGCACUCGCAUGACCACCCCGUCCCGCGCGUCUCCUCCCAUCCGCCAACAUGGCCCUCUUCUCCUGCCCAAGAUUCGUUCCCAGGACCAGGCCAUCGAGUCGCCCCCGAAGCGGGUCAAGACCUCCCCCAAGUCCCGCAUCUCGGCCCCACGCCGGAGCGUAGUCGCCGCUGCCUCCUCCGCUUUCCGCCCGACCCACGCCCGGAGCUACACCAACCCGGAGACCUUCACCUGGGACAUGCCUUCGUCAUUCUGCAGCCAGCCCGAGGAGCCCACGACCUCCUCCCUCCUCUGCUCGCCCGUCAUCUUCGCAGACGAUAUGCAGUCCCGCCGCGCCUCAACCUGCAGCCUCGACGGCCCCUCGCUUGAAAAGUACGGCUUCCCCACCUACCGCCAAAUGCCGUCAUACGUCCCCUCCGCAUCCGCGCCGGCCCCCCAGCCCACGACAGAGGCAUACAUGUUCCCUUCCUCCUACACCACGGCCCCGCGCGCCCCGUCUCCCCUCAGCCUCUCGGCGACCCCGGACCCGACGCCCAGCACAACCCUGUUGACCUACCUCACCGGCUCCAACCCGGCCCCGUCGCUGGUCCGCACAAUCUCCUUCCCGCUGCGCGACCCCAACGUGAAGCACUUUUGGUGGGACGUCCGCCAGAUCCGCCCCUGGGCAUCCUUCAACAUCGCCUCCGUCCUUUCUCUCCCUGGUGCUUCUGCCCUCCUUAACUGCCCCGUCCCGGCCCCCGUCCUCCCCACCCCGCCCCAGACGGCCCGCCACCCGGAGACCGAGGCCGCGCUGCACUCGAUCUACGCCGCACACUACCUCCCCAAGCUCAACGCCGCGCUCGCCAUCUCCUCCAACAGGCCAAUGCAGAUCUCCGCCGCGCCCUCCGCCGCAAACUCCAAACAGACGGACCUGCUCUUCACCGCGUCCCCCGCAGGCGAACCUGCCUCCGCGGCAGCCAUCUUCGGCGGCAAACCCACCGCCCGCGUCGUCGGUCUCGUCCGCUCCUUUGACCGCUUCAACACGGGCAUGCGCGUGGAGGGCAACAUCAAGCGCGUCGAGUACCUCCGCGGCCUCGCGGCGCUGCACCACGCGAUGCGCGAGCACGGGUGCAGGUACGGCUUCAUCCUCACGGAGAUCGAGCUCGUCGUCGUGCGCAACGGCGCCGACGCCGUGCCGAAUUUCGGCUUUCUCGAGGUCUCGUCCGUCCAGCUCGCCGCCGUCGCCGACGACGCCGACCUCGAGGUCGGCGAGAUCCCGCUCACGGCCUGCCUCGCGCUGUGGGGCCUGUGCAUGAUGGCCGGCGACGACGCGCCGCACGUCCACUGCCAGGGCGUCGCCUGCUGGAAGGCCGAGAUCGGCGCGCCUGCCGAGGGCACGCGGAGAAAGGCUCUUCCCAGGGACGAGUGGAUGCCCAAGCCGCAGUUGGCGGAGAAGAGGGAGGCCAAGAGGUCUCGCGGGUGGAUUAUGCCCGAGGACCCUGUUGGUCGGAAGGAACUUGGUAAGAGGGGUGUUCGGUAUGGUGCUUGUUAA